AUGGGCAUGUUGCUGCUGCCCGCUCGCUCCAUGGGGGAAUACGGCAUCGAGGAGAACGGCGUCAUCCACAGCGUCGUAACCGAUGCCCCCCCAGCUCCCCAUCCGCAAGCAGCUCUCCACUCCAACCUCAAGGCGUUGAACCCGCAGAACUCGCUGCUGGUUCUCACGGGCGUCUUCCUCUACGGCCUGUGGACGCUGUUCUACUACUUCCCCCAAUUCUUCUCAUGGAAGUCAAUUGUUUUGCUGGCGCUCUUCAGCGUGAUGCAUAUCUCGGCAGCGGUCUCCCGCAUCACUUCCUGA